ACGGGAGCAGAGCGGACGCCAGUGGAUUAAAGAGCGACGUUUACCGGGAGAACACGCGCGCCAUUUACGCAGCAGGCUGCUCCGGAGUGCAGUCCAUCGAUUUAACUUGCACACGCAGUCAUACUGUUGUCAAUAUUAUCAAUAGUAUUCAUAUUUAAUGUGCAGCCAGGGAGAAGAGGACAGCGGGGUCUGAUCUCACGUCCUUCUCCGUUUCUGAGUGACAACCUCCGGGGAAAGUUGGAGUAACGUUAACGGGCGGGAGCGCCUGGAUGUUUUAACGUUUUUAACGUGCACAGAGGAGCCGAACUACACCGAGGGAAGGGUUUGUCUCUCCGGAUAAAAACCGUGGAUACUCCGAAAACACGCUGCUUCAGCGGAAUAUGUUGUCCUCUCCGCGGACUCCGUGAAUACUUCUCCGUGUGUGCAGGUGUGAGUCUGCAGAGCAAGGGGGUCCAGGCUGCCCGGUCGGUAGCACCGUCUCCAGAGGGGAGUCCAGGCUGCCCGGUCGGUAGCACCGGUUACAGGGGUCUUUUCCCCGGCAGUACCGUCUCCAGGGGUCUUUUCUCAGGCAGUACCGUCCCCAGGGGGGUUUCCCCGGCAGUACCGUCUCCAGGUUUUUUUUCUCAGGCAGUACCGUCUCCAGGGGUCCAGGCUGCCCAGUCGGUACCGUCUCCAGGGGUAUUUGCUCCGGUAGCACCGUCUCCAGGAGUCUUUGCUCACUCCACCAUGCCAGCGACAGCUUUACGGGUUCCCUGCGUAGAAAGGGAACGAGAGAGAGAGUGAGAGACACCGGGAGAUAAAGAGAGAAACGGGGUGAACCGGACCAGGCAGCGCGGGAGACCGAGCCUGUUUUUGUUUUUCUCCUUCUUUAUGAUUUGUGGGAUUACUACCGGACGCGAAAUGAUCCUGAUCAUCACUUUGGUGUUUGUGUUGGAUGUGUGCGUGUGCGACUCUGAGCUGGGCUCCCCCGGCUGGAGGGAACCUCUGGACUGCGUCCGAGCGUCUGAACUCUGCAACCAGAACAGCCAGUGCAGCUCCCGCUACCGCAUCAUGCGCCAGUGCCUGUCCGGCGGGGACAAGGAGCGCAGCGCCAUGCUGGCCUCCAAGGAGUGCCAGGGGGCGCUGGAGGUGCUGCAGGACUCGCCGCUGUACGACUGCCGCUGCAAGAGAGGCAUGAAGAAAGAGCUGCAGUGUCUGCAGAACUACUGGAGCAUCCACAUGGGCCUGACGGAGGGGGAAGAGUUUUACGAGACAUCUCCCUACGAGCUGAUCCAUUUCUCAGAGGAAUUCCGACAUGCCUCCAUCAUCUCAGACUCGUCUCUGGCGAAGGCGAGCCCCUGCUCGGAGACGGGGAAACCCUGUAACCCCUGUCUGGACGCGGCCAAGGCCUGCAACCUGAACGAGACGUGCAAGCGUCUGCGAUCCGCCUACAACGCCAUCUGCAGCAAGGCCACGCCCCCGCAGCCCUCUCUGGCCAAUCAGGAGCCCUGCAGCCGCAAAAGAUGCCAGAAGGCGCUGCGUCAGUUCUUCGAGCGGGUCCCCUGGGAGCUGAGCUACCCGCUGCUGUUCUGCUCGUGCCCGGACCAGGCGUGCGCCGAGCGCCGCCGCCGCACCAUCGUCCCGUCCUGCUCCCACCAGGAGCGCCACAAACCGAGCUGCCUGGAGCUGCGGCACACCUGCCGCUCCGACGCGCUCUGCAGGUCUCGGCUCGCUGACUUCCACAUGAACUGCCAGAUGACGUCUCACACGGUCACCGGCUGCCCUCACGACAACUUCCACGGCUGCCUCAUGUCCUACGUCGGCCUCAUCGGCUCUGACGUGACUCCCAACUACAGCGACAGCAGUCCGUCCAACAUCACCAUGAGCCUGUGGUGCAGCUGCCGCGCCGCCGCCGGCGCUCAGGAGCGGGAGUGUGACACUUUCCACCGCGACUUCACCCACAACACCUGCCUCAAAAACGCCAUCCAGUCGUUUGGUUACGGCUCAGAAGGAGGGACUGUUCCUGUAACCGAUCCGUCGUCCACCUUCUUCCCCGCCGCCCAGCCGCCAAUCAUUGCCAAACCCGCUCCGUCUCUACACGGCAACGCCAUCAAACCCAUGGACACUGCUUGUAUGUUCUCCACCUGUGCCAACCUGCAGGACGGAGGCCAGAAGUGCGUCCCCUCCGAUGACUUUGAGUGCGAGGAGGCUCUGUUGGCUCAGGGGUCGAUAGACUCUCAGGACUCUGCAGGACCCAAGAGCAGCAGCCGGCAAUCAGCUCCACUCCUCCGCCACAUCUCUGUGACUGUGUGUGUCUCCGUCCUGCCAACGCUUCUACUCCUUGUCUCAUAAAUGUGAACUCACACACAUACAUGCUGUACCCCCCCCCCCCACCCCACACCCCCCCACACACACACACACACAUACACAAACACACACACAUAUGGCAAGACCCAGAGAAAGUCACGCGCCCGCCCUCCGCUACGAGAAAAUGUCAACCGACAGACAUCCAAACAUCAACAAUGGGCCUUUAAGGAGGGAAAGUGAACUGGAGGACGUUUGGAUUAGCCUUCUCUCUCCACCACAUGCACACAAACACAGACAAUGGAGGAAUAAGAAUAGAAGACGGAGAAACUGGGCUGGGUAUUUUGUGAGAGAGAAAUAACAAAAAGGCAGAGCAGAGAGAGACUCUUGGGAUUUUGGAUCACAGUGACUUCAGUUCCAAUGCUCCCUGUCCGGAGGGGUUUGUGUGCUUUUUUGUGCAGUCCGGCCCUGACUCACUCCCUGCAGCUUUUUUUUUUGGGAUCCGAGACAGCUGGACUAAAAAAAACCAAAAGGACCACACACGCGCUCGGACAACAAGUCUUAAACCUGGCAGCGAGAGAGAGAGAGGCGACGGCUGGACAGAUGGGAUAGAUCCUUCCACAAUGUUUGUCGGCUCGAUUUAUCACCCCCUUGGACCUCUCCAGUGGCAAGAAAUCUAUACGACAUACAUACAAAGUACAAACACACAUGUACACACACGCAAACAGGGUCCCCACAUCGACACAAACACUCAUGCUGAACACCAGUGUGCUUUUUGCGGGUCUUAAUCUUAAUUUUGUUGUCGACAUUCUGUACAAACUUCAUUUACUGUGGAAUAUAAAAAAAAAUAGUCCAUCCAAUGAAAUCUCAAUGGGAGAGUGUAUAUUUCAAAUAUUGUAAGUGUAAAGUUGUGUGAGCGCUAGUGUGUGUGUGUGUGUGUGUGUGUGUGUGUGUCUUUCUUUGUGGGUGUUAAGGCUGGGUUUUUUCCGAUUCUAAUCGAUCUUUAGUUUGAAUGAUCCGACAUUGAUUCAUAAAAUCCUGAGAUCGUUCUUUUAAGAGGCUCCGUUUUAAAGCUAGAGUGAAAAUGUUGGUGUCAAAUGAAACUGAAUGAAAGGAAUUCAUGUCAUGCUAAAGAACGCACCAAACUUGAAUCCUGUAGUGUGUUCAUAUUAAAUAAAAAGUACAUUAAUGUAACUGCUUUGGGGUCAAUGUAAUUUUAAUUUUAAUAUUUGUAAUAA